UCGCCACAAUGAAGAAGUGGUGUAAUUUUUUUAUUGUUAUAUUUUGUUAUGUUUUGUUCCAUUUACAAUGUAAUGUUUGCCAUGAAUGCGGUCAUCAAAUACCAACAAGGGAUGAGGUAGUACAUAAUGUACAUAUAGAGCCCCAUCAUGUAAUGAAAAAACGGAGCAUAGAUGGGAGACUUCGCAUAAAAGUAGUAUAUGAUGAUAGCUUAAAUGAUUUACCGCAGGAUAAAAGAAUUCUCAUUCAAAAUGAGAUGAUACCUCCAGCCCUUGUUUACUGGAGUAAAGCAUUGAGUGUACGCAGGACACCAAACCCCAUAAAAUUAUUAAGGCAGUGUCUGACAAAAAAGAUUAUGUAUAAAGAUGGGGAUCCAUUUCCCUAUUGUUGGGAUGGAUGUAAAGCUGUGACAAAAUGUGGGGAGGUUGUUGUCCCACCAGAACAUCUCGAGGCAUGCAGGGAAUGCUCUCCCGAUGGUGGGUGCUCCACAACAGGGGGGUCUGGGGCAGGCAUUGACACCAAUGAUUUCAUUCUAUAUGUGUCUGCCAAAAUGACUGAAAGAUGUUAUUCUGGUACAACUAUUGCAUAUGCUGCAUACUGCCAGCUUGAAGGUGCAUUCGAUAGGCCAGUAGCAGGGUAUGUGAAUAUAUGUCCUGCUGACUUAUCAACCAAGCCCCAUCACAAUCAUGAGAUGCAGUCAACUAUUAGACAUGAAAUACUUCAUGCGCUGGGGUUUUCUGCAGGGUUGUAUGCUUUCUACAGGGACUCGGAUGGUAACCCCCUUACGGAAAGGACGCCAUCUACAAACAUGCCAGAAUAUAAUGAAACUGCUAAGUUGUACCAGUGGAGUGACAGAGUCAUUAGGAAGGUGGAGAGACCUGAUUGGAAGAUCAUGGGGAGAACAAUGAGGAAAUCUGUGCAGAUGAUAGUCACUCCUAAAGUUGUGGAGGAGGUUCGAAAACACUUCAAUUGCUCAACAUUGGAGGGUGCUGAACUAGAAGACCAGGGCAUUAUUGGUACUGCUCUCACCCACUGGGAGAAGCGAGUAUUUGAAAAUGAAGUAAUGACUGGAACAUACACACAGAACCCUCCCGUUUCCAGGGUCACUUUAGCUCUGAUGGAGGAUACAGGCUGGUAUCGUGCAAACUAUGACAUGGCAGAGCCAUUACUAUGGGGAAAGAAUCUUGGAUGUGACUUUGUCAAGAAAAGUUGUCUUACAUGGAUUGAAAAAAAACAGUCCAGGAGAGAAAGUAUUCAUCCUUUCUGUGAACGAAUCAAGCAGAACCCCCUCCAGACUGACUGUACUGAUGAUCAUCGUGCUGUAGCAAUGUGCAAUCUCAUUCAUCACCCUGAGCCAAUGCCAAAGAAAUAUCAGUAUUUUCAACAUCUUCCUGACAUAAAUUAUGGAGCUGCCUCUCAGUAUGCUGGCUCUGUAGCACUGGCUGAUUACUGCCCUUAUAUACAAGAGUUCAAUUGGAAAGAUGGAGACAUUGCUGUGAGAGGAUCGGCAUGUGGAUAUUUCCACAAUAAUGGGGAUACUAGUUUGAAUUAUGCGAGAGAAAAGUAUGGGAACCAAUCAUUAUGUGUGAAACAGGGAGAACCGUUCAGUGUUACUCACUGUUCCUUCAAACAAAAGGUGCAACACUGGGGGAGUGGCUGUUAUCAGUAUGUUUGUGACUCUGAAGGGCUAGUCAUUGUGGUGGAUGGAAAACCACAUCGAUGUUACAAAGAAGGCCAAGAAUUAGUCAUCCAGUCUGUGACAACAAAAUGGCUCCAUGAGGGAACUCUCAUAUGUCCUUCUUGUCAAAAGUUCUGUGCAGACUCUGGUUUUGAUUGUCCUGCUGAUGUCACAAUUAAGGCACCGUCACGGCAACAACAGCUGCAGGCCCCAUGUACGAGUGCUGGUACAUCGCAGAGCUACAAUCAUAAUAUCAUGUACACAAACCUGCUUGUUAUUAUAGCAGCUUUAAUCUCAUACCAGACACGGGUCAAUUAAUGUCAAAGAUCUCAACACAAGAGUAUACUUGUAUAAGUGCAGUAGCUUGAGUAAUCAUGGCUGCAAGUGAUAAUAGUAUAGACAUGUAAAGGGUGUCAUGAAUGCUGCAUUUAGAGUUUGAUGCAUCAUGCACAUAAGACACCUAGACUUGUGCCCCAUGCAUACAAGACACGUAGACCUUUGUGUUUCAUGUGCACAAAACAAUACAUGUAAAUUGUAGAACUUUGUGUUACACUGGACACAAAGCACCUAGAUAUUUGUGUUUUUUGCAUACAACCUUUGUUUCAUGCAUACUAAGCACUACAGAUCUUUGUUGACAUAGAUCUUUGUGUUUUAUGCAUAUGCAAAAUAAUAAAUCCUUGUCUUUUGUACAGUGAUCUGAUACAUACAAGACAUGAAAGAGUUGUGUUUCACGUGGACCUUUGUCCAAAAUGAGGCUAUUUUACACAGGGGACAUUUUGAUCACCCUCAAUCCAGUGUUUUAAAUCAUGAAAUAUACUGUGGUAUACCCUCAGAACAGGGGUAGAUUCCAUCAUUUAUUGGUGGAUGGAAAGUGCAAUAUAAAGCAGUUUUAGUUAAUGCCAAGUAAUAGGUGAUGUCAUUGUCCAGCAUGUAGUUUGCACUGAAUGCAUCUUGGGAGGAAAACAUAAAACAUUGAAAAGUAUGUUUAUGAGAAACAUAAGCAUACACAGUUCUGAGAGGGUAUUGAUAUAUUAGUAUCUGUGUAAUAUUACUUACACUACUUUGUACAACAUAAUAUAUUGACUUACUUAUGAGCUAUAGUAUUAAGGGUUUUGAGUACCUCAUUGUUUAAAGUUUCCAGCUGAAGAUUGUUUAGCAGAAAGUUUGUGAUAUUUUAUUCCCAAAUAACAGCUGACUAAGCGCAUGGUACAUUGUGUUAUUUGUUAAAGUGCAUAUAUAAUUAUGUUAUCACAGUGGGGCGACUACUUAAGGUAGUAGCUGCUGCUGAAUAGUUUUUUUCUGUCAUUUUAGUUAUACACUAUAUAUGACACGUUGUAUUUCUUCAUUUUAAAACCAGCACUAUUACUCUUAAUAUUUUUCACAAAAUAAUUAUUGAAUUUUGGUGUUUGGUUUGUGAGAUGUAUCUUGGAUGCCAAAUAGUUAGAUUAAAAGAUUCAUAAUAUUAGAUGUUUUAGGGGCCGGGUUAAAAUAUCAAUGUCAAUUU